AUGCUAUUUGCAAAUGCAGCAGCGAAUCGUUCUGGACGUGGUGGUGCUUGGGAAGAAGCGAUCAUUCUGCUUCAAGAUUCCGUCCGUUACGUGUUCCUUUCUGGACGCAUUCCAAAUGCAAGACAAUUUGCUGAUUGGGUGGUCUCUCUUCACGACCAGCCGGUGCAUGUUAUAUGCACUGAUUAUCGGCCAGUACCGUUGCAGCAUUUUCUGUAUCCUGCCGGAACUUCUGGCCUUUACGAAAUUGUGAAUAUUAAGGGAGUUUUUCGACAAGACAAGUUUACGGAAGCCAUGAACGCAUUGUCACGUGUGGGUGACGCCGGUCGCAGUGUCAGCAAAAGAAAAAAAGGCGUAAGCGCUGGUAUGCUUUAA